AACCUGUAAGCACGCUGGCUUACCUGAGUUCUCAUAAUCAGUACAUAUACCGUCGCUGAUACUGAAACAUAAGCUUUCAGUAUUUCACCUUUUGGUGUAACGGUUAUGCGCGGCGGCGGUCUGACCGUGUUACAAAACCUUCGUGAAGAAGCUCAACGACAAGAGAGGCAGCGCCAAGAAGAACUACGUCGCAAUAAAGCUCAAGCGGAUAUCGUUGCUUUUUUCCAGCUCUACGACGCAAAGUGGCAAGAGCUCAAACUAAGCAAGAAGUUGACUUCAGUCAUGGUAUGGGCGGACAAUUUGACACCUACCAACCUCCAGUCCGUUUCCCUCCCUGGUUUCAUUGAUGUCACUCAGGGAGCAGCGUCCUGUUUGCGAUGUACCGCAAAUCGUACUUUCGGCGGCUCCGAGCCUUGCCUCACCAAUUAUCAUUAUACCAAACUAAGCUGGUCGUCCGAGUCAAAGGCUAAAUUCCUUUCAGUGCAUGUGCUGGAGAUGUCAUGGAUUCUCAGCUGUCAUCUCCAAUCAGUCUUGCUAUCUUCCAAGACCGAGAUCAAAGCGUUCUUUGAGGCCACGCCCACACAACGCACAUUUUCAGACACUCAAGGACAGAAUGAGACACAUUCAGUGCCGCAUCGCCUUCUGAGUUCGAAUCUCUCUAUGCGCAUCAUGCUCGCCAGCAUUUGCACAGCGAAGCAUACAACGAAUAUGAGCGUGGAUAAUCCAGUCCAAAGCGCAAAUGAGCUUUUAUUGGCAUCCGCAAGGCGAAUAAAGCGACCUGGGAAAUGCCACUGUGUUGAGGGCCGGAUGGAUUUCCAUAUCGAUAUAGCGGACUGCAAGACGGCAGGCAAGGCGAACCUUGCAUUCAUGAUUCCAGAAUCUUCAAACAGUUCUACGAAGCGCGUCCUUGAUGGCAUCGAAGAUGAUUGGUCUCGGACAGUCGGUGACUUCGCCCUGUGGUUGACGUCGUGA